GUAGAAAACUUCAAGUGCCGUCAACACCAAUCGCAACAAGGCAAGGAGAUGCAGCUGGGCAACUCUUACUCGUUCUUCCACGACACCCCUUAUACAUGUGGCUCAACGUUCUCGCACACUUUUAGGCAGGACAUGUGCGGUCGAGCGGGUGACACUAAGCUGAUAUGACGUGGAAUAAUCCUGGUCACUACCUGGCAUCAUGCAAACCAUCCACGAGCGUCCUGGCCUUCCUGGUCUCCAUCCACAAGUCCGAUCGCGACUUGUGGACCUCCGGUUUGACUCGCCUGAGCCUACCGACCGCCUCCGGGUGCACAUCCUCGAGGCUUUCCCGGACGGCACACCAUCCUCCGAGUACCCCACCCGCUAUCCCCUUAUACUUCUUCUUCACGGCUUCCCAGAGCUCGCCUACUCAUGGCGCAAGGUGUUGCAGCCUCUGGCAAACGAGGGGUACCAUGUCGUAGCCCCUGACCAACGAUUCUAUGGCAAGUCCGUCAGCGAAAUGACCGACAAGGUCACGGGACAAGUAACCCUGAAGACGGAUCGGAUAUCCUACCAAGACAGCCUUCGCCCUUUCCACAUCCUCAACAUGGUGGAUGAUGUCACCGCCCUCGUCAAGAAGCUUGGGCAUUCCAGCGUGCACACGGUCGUCGGGCACGACUUCGGCUCGAUGCUCGCGGGCUACUGCGUUCUCGCCAAACCCAGCCUCUUCCGCUCCGUCAUCUUCGUGAGCAUGCCCUUCAUGGGCGCGAACCCGCCCGGCGGGGGAUCGCACCAGCGCGCGACCGCCGACCCCACCCAGCCACGCUCACUCGCCAGCGUCACGCAGAGCAUCCAGCCCCUCCUCGCGCGCCUCCCCGAGCCGCGCACGCACUACUCCGCCUACUUCUCCACGCCGACCGCGAACCACGACCUGCUCGCGCUCGGCCCGCGCCUCCCCGAGUUCCUCAAGGGCUACUACUACAUUAAGUCCGCGAGUUGGCCGAUGAAUAAGCCGUACCGGCUCGCGUGCGCGGACCACCCGCACGCGAGCACGCAGGCGCUCGUCGACGACCUCGCCAAGCUCCCGCACUAUUACGUUAUGCCCGUGCACGCGACGAUGCCCGACGUCGUCCGCCAGUCCGCGGGCGUCGUGCCCGAUUUGCGGUGGCUCACGGCAGAGGAGCUCGCAGUGUAUGCAUGCGAGUUCGAGCGCACGGGGUUCCAGGGUGGACUCAACGGCUAUAGGAGCGCACUGUGUCCGCCGCCAUUCGAGCUCGAGUCGCGGCUGCAAGCGUAUGCCAAGGGCAGUAUUGAGAUGCCGGCCGCGUUUAUUGGCGGCGCGAAGGACUGGGGCGUGUUCCAGACGCCAGGCGCAGACAGCCGGUCAAAGGAGCUUUGCACGUAUGGUCCAGAUGGUCGCCUCCCUGAGGAGAACUUUGUCUUGAUAGAAGGAGCGGGUCAUUGGGUGCAGCAGGAGCAGCCCGAGGAUUUCGUGUCGACAGUCAAACGUUUCUUGCAGGGGUGGAAUCUGGUGAGCAGUCCUAGUCAUGCUUUGAAAACUAACAAUUUCUUCAUGUCUAAUGCUCUCUGUAGCAACCUACGACCAACGACGUGGACAUGA